AUGGAUUCUCAAACUCACUCCUCCUCUAUGGAAGAGUGCGGCAGGAAUCCGCCACAAGAUGCCUUCUCUGUCGAUAUUGAAUCCAAGGCUGUGACCGACACUCACCUGAUGAAUUACACAGUCCAGAAUUUUGUCUGGAGUGGAGUUACUGUCACAGUUAACGACAAUAAGACCGGACAACCGAAGGCGAUCCUUGACAACAUAGACGGGCUCGUCGAGGCAGGGGAAAUGUGUGCCUUGAUGGGUCCUAGUGGCUGUGGAAAGACCACGCUGCUCAAUGUUCUCGCACGCCGAGAUGCAGCAGCUAGUGCAAAGGUGGAAGGGGCUCCAUUAAUCAAUGGAAAUCACCCUACCCUCCAGAACUUCCGGCGAUUGACUUCCUACGUUGAGCAGGAGGAUGCUCUCAUCGGAUCCUUGACAGUGAAAGAGACCAUGCACUUUGCUGCACGUCUGGCUCACAAGAAUUCUUUAAGCAAGACGGAGCGCAUCAGCCGCAUUAAUGCGUUACUAGAAUCCUUUGGUCUCAAAGCCCAAGAAAACAAUAUUGUUGGCACGCCAAUUAGAAAAGGCAUAAGUGGUGGGCAGAAACGACGCCUCAGUGUCGCCAGUCAACUCAUCACCGCUCCAAAGAUAUUGUUCCUGGACGAGCCAACAAGUGGUUUGGACUCCGCUGCAAGUUUCGAGGUUAUGUCCUUUGUUAAGGAUAUUGCAAAAACGAAUAAUCUGAUCGUAAUUGCGAGUAUACAUCAGCCAUCAACUACCACCUUCGGACUUUUCGAUAAACUUAUUCUCCUUUCCCAGGGAAAGACACAAUACUUCGGUGCGGUUGGAGGGAUCGAUCAACACUUCGCAUCUCUUGGGUUUCCCAUGCCGACACAUACCAAUCCUGCCGAGUUCAUCCUCGAACUGAUAAACAUCGAUUUUGCCACUGAUCAAGCCGAAGCAGAGGCUCGUCUCCAAACCAUCCAAAACGGGUGGUCAGAGUCUUCCGGGGCAGCAGAAUUAAGCACCAUGAUCGACUCCGCUUCCCAGCCUACCGAUCUCUUACCUCCCACGAAGCCGUCAACGCGCACCUUCUUCGUUGUGUUAUCAACUUUAGUACAUCGGUCUUUUGUCAAGAGUUAUCGCGAUGUGGUGGCUUACGGAAUUCGAAUUGCCAUGUAUCUCGGCCUGGCUAUCAUGAUGGGCACUGUCUGGCUUAGACUAGAUGCCGAUCAAAGUUCUAUCCAGCCAUUUAUCAACGCUAUCUUCUUCGGUGGAGCAUUCAUGUCGUUUAUGGCGGUGGCAUACGUGCCUAGUUUUCUCGAGGAUCGUGCAACGUUUGUGAAAGAGCGGGCAAAUGGUCUAUAUGGCCCUUCGGCAUUUAUGCUAUCUAAUUUCAUCAUUGGCCUUCCAUAUCUCUUCCUCAUUACGAUACUAUUCUCGGUAGUUGUUUAUUGGCUAUCCAACUUCAACCCUACAGCCACUGCAUUCUUCACAUGGAUCAUGUGGCUGUUCCUCGACUUGGUGGCCGCCGAAUCUCUCGUCGUGCUCAUGUCGUCACUCUUCCCCAAUUUUGUCGUCAGUUUGGCACUCACAGCCUUCGCGAACGGACUCUGGAUGUCGGUUAAUGGGUUCAUGGUUCCACCUCACAUCUUGAACGUCUUUUGGAGAUAUGUGUUUCACUAUAUUGAUUAUCAGUCCUAUGUCUUUCAAGGCAUGAUGGUCAACGAGUUUGAGGACCGCAGUUACAGCUGCGGUACAGACUGCAAUUGCAUGUAUCAGACCGAACUUGCGUCUCAAUGCCGUGUCGCUGGCACUGCUGUCCUUGAUCAAUAUGGAUUUAAGACUGGGCGGACUGGAAAGUGGGUUGGCAUUCUCAUUGGGAUCAUAGCAGUGUAUCGAUUACUUGGGCUCCUUGUUCUAGUGCUCAGGAAGAAGUGA